AUGUUUGCCUCGGUGUGCAACCUCUUUGGGCGGAGCCUCUUCGUGACAGUUGCUGCUCCACUGGUGCUCCUCGGGUCGCUACUCAACCAGGUCUCUAUUGAACUGGAGAUCCAGAGUGUGCAGAAUUUGAGAUACGCAGUGGAAGAGUCAAGCGUCGCUGCUGGAUCAGAAGAGGAGGCUGCCCGCGAUGUGGGUGAAGCCGCCUUGGACCAGACGGAGGCUGAGCUCCUGGAGGACGAAGCCAAGAGUCUCAACGCGGAGAACACGGCGGCAGCUGCCCAGGGGGCCCAGGCAGAGGCUGGAGCGGAACUAGAAGCGGCCGAGGAGGAGCGCGUCUCUGAGCUCUCCGAGCAGGUGGAGAGCCUGGCCUCCGAAGUCGCCGAGAACCUCCCCAAGCUGCCUGCCGCCGCGGAAGCCGCGGCGGCUUCGGGCGGCCUGGAUGCGGCCGGCGAGGCUGCUGUAGACGCAGUAGCAGCAACUGCCACUGGUGUGGCAGCCCCUACCGUGGGCGCAGAUGCGGUCCUUGCUGGGGUCGCCGGCACCGUGGCGGUUGAAGGGCCCAAAGUGGUCGCCGCUGCAGAGGAAGAGUGGGCUUUAGGCUCCACCGAGCUUCAAGCAGCCAAUGAUGAACGACUAGCAGUUGAGAAGGAGGUCCAAGCCGGAGCACUCGAGGGCGAUGUCCCAGUGCUACAAGCCAGUGCUUUGGGUGCAGAGGAGGCCGCCUAUGGCAGCUUCAUGACAGCUGCGGCAUAUCUCACUGCGGCCACCGGGGCUCAGCUUCUGGCGUUGGUGAUGCAGGUGCCAGUACUGGCAGUCUUUGCGAGCCAGUGGCUGUUGGACCUGCGCGUCAAUGUGCGGGGCAAGUUGGACAGCAUUCCAGAGGGUGAUGGUCACUUGUUGGCCGUGGAGCUCUUUUCACAGACUGCUCUGGCUGCGGGCUUAGGUGAACCUUGA